GGGCGGGGGGGCGUGGCCGGCGGCCGGUCCGUCAGCUGCGCCGGGCCCUGACAACAAAGGGCUCCGCGGAGGUGGCGCGGGCGCGGGGCUGCGGUGGCCGCGGUCUGGGUUUCACGUAAACUGUUUACAAGUCAUGCUUUUGCAUGUCCUGUACCUAAGCUGAUAAAGCAUCUAUGCACUUUAAUCUCAAGUCUAUGCCACUCUGCUAGUAGUGUGAACUGUGCCUUGAACCUUGGAUAUAAAGACCUACCAGCCAAAGUCUUGUUCCUGCCUUAGUAAUGUUCCAGAGGUUAAAUAACAUGCUCAUGGGAGAGAUUGAUAGCUUGUCCACCCAAGAGCCAGAGUUCAGUGAGAAAGAAGAUGACGAGUGGAUUCUGGUUGACUUUAUAGCAGACACUUGCACUAAUUGUUCUGUGGAGGAAGCAGACCUUGUGGAAGCACCAGCCACGGACAGCUCGCCUGUCUUCUCUUGUUUAUCAUCUCCCUUGGAACAUUUGCCAGAGGCCAACGAGUCUUGCUUCAUCCAGUUUGAGUCAUGUCCUAUGGAGGAGAGCUGGUUUAUUACCCCUCCCCCGUGUUUUACUGCAGGUGGAUUAACCACUAUCAAAGUGGAGACCAGUCCGAUGGAGAACCUCUUAAUAGAGCAUCCCAGCAUGUCUGUGUACGCUGUCCACAAUACCUGUCACAGCCUUAAUGAGACCAGAUGUGGGGAUGAGGAGUUUCACAGCCCAGGUAGUCCCAGACUGGAGGCCCGAAAUGAAACGGGACAGCGUGUUCACUGCUAUGUCACGGCUCUUGCUACUAGUUCAACUUUUCUGGAAAAAAACAAGAGCUUUCGUCCUACCCACUGGAUAAAAGAACAUAAUGAAAGACACUCUCUCAACAGAAACAGUCUCCGUCGCCAAAACCUUACCAGGGAUUGCCACUCUCGGCAAAUCAAGCACAAUGGACUGUUUGUUCACCAGCCUUGCCAGCGUCAGUUCAAUUACUGAUGGUUCUUAUGGUUUUAAUCUAUGGUCUAAUUGUUUCUUAGGUUGCUCUUGUUUUCAUGUGUAGGUAAGUGUGGUCAAUCUGAAGCUGAUCGUCAAUCCCUCAAACACAAUCGUAACUAGUGUUGCAUUAUUUUCAAAAUACACAUACAUCUCCAAACAUCUUGCAUCAAGUUCUAAAUGUUGAUGUUAAAUAUCAAUGUCUUGGAAGCCUAUCAGUACGAUAGUUUGUGUGCUGUUUUUAUAAACUAUGAUGUAUAGAUGGGUUCUUAGUUGGUAUUUUAAAGAAACUUAACUGAGAUGGAAAUCAGUUACAUUUUGCAUUAAUCAAAAUGGAGUUAGAAAAUUUGAGGUUAGCGAUGUGCUUUAAUGACCAGUACUUGACAGCUUGUGUAUCUGUCUGUAUUCAGUAUAUAUGAUUACUUUCUAACAAGGAAAUACUAUAGCUGCCAGUGGAUAUUACAUAGCUGUGCUGACCUGUUUCAGGAAGGACAUCUCAGCUAAAUUCCUAGAACUUCCUUGAGUUAGUGAGGUCUGUGUAGGUGUGCUGGGUACUUGAUAUGGAUAUGGAAAGAGGGUUAAAUGUCUCACCAAUAUUGUUGCAGUACAAUAUGGCACUGGUGUUACAGAUGUAGUACCUCACAGUGGAGUGGGAAGAAGUGUGAACCUUUGGGUAACAUGCAGAUGUACAACACAGAGAACUGAACUGGGUUUUACUAGGUAAAGUUUGAGUUUCUCUAUUUCUGUCUUUGAAGCAUGUAUUUCCCCUGCCCUAUCUCAUUUAAUCUCUAGUCUAGUUAAAGGAAAAAUACGGUGGAUUGACUGUUCUUUCAAUCCCAUCAGUAGCUGACUGCUCUUCAGAGAAGUCAGGCUGAUAGACAGCUAUUUCUGAGCUACAAAUUACUAUUAGAUAGUCUCAUAUUUACAGAUUGAGAGUAGCUCAGAAGUAGCUAGAAGGAAGAUUUUAUUUGAAGUUCUCCUAAUUUUCUCUUUCUCUCUGUGAAAAUGAAAUCCAAGUUAAUGGGGACUGCAAAUGUAGGGCAGUGUGAGGCAAGGAGAAGUGGAUGCUGAGCUAAACACAGCAAUAACAGAGUGUAUAGAAAUUGAUCCAUCCACCAUGGUUGGUCUCCUAGCCCAUUGGAGGCAGAAGGACUGGAUAGCAAUUCCAUGGGCCAAAAGGAAAGAAAAGCCAUUUAAAGCUAUCAAGUAGUUUUCUUAACACUGUGCAAGAUAAUUUGGAAGUUGUCAGGCACUGCCAUCUACAACUACAGGUGAAGUUCACCUGUUAACAAAAGCUGUUACACAGCAGCCAGUGGUAUGCUGAACCCUGACAGAUCAAUCUGGGAAGUGGAUUAAAUGGCUGUGGAAAUAAGGAAGCAGAAAUCUGCACUGAAAGAAGGGGGGGGAGUAAAAGUAAGUUUAUCUUCCUUUCUGCCAGUGUUUAAUGUGACUUUCCCUUGUGUUUAGUGCUUAGGGCAUUACAGUGUUAACAUUACACUUCAGCUGUGUCUUCCAGUAGUCCUUACACAGAAGUUGGUAUAAGGAGUCAUGUGAGGAGUCUUUGAAAUAAACCAAGGUCAAUAAUGUGAAUUGUCCCAGACCUAUGAAGUAUUUAAAUUUAGCCAAAUGCUUCAAUUUCACUGAAGUAAAACCCCAACAAUUCAGUUGACCUUGAUGUAGUGGUACUGUUGUGUGUUCUGCAGCUGGAAUUUGUGAGACCUACUUAGCAUACAGGGAACAGCAAUUUUAACCUAUAUUUCACUGCAGAUGUGCUGCUUUACUGGAAUUAGGAUUGUCACAAAGGGAUGUUGAAAAUAAUUAAAUAUAUAAAAGCAAGAGGAGCUUUCCUGGAUACACUAGUUUUUGGGUUUUGUUUUUUCUUGACAAAUGGAAUUCACAUGGACACUGAAAGAAAACAAAUUGGUCACAUUAUGAGUUUUCAAAACAUAUUUUGUUACUGCUCUUUUAGCAGUAUGUUCCCAUGUCUACGCAACAAUUCUCAUGUGGUCCAAAUGCUUUGGUUUAUCUGCAAAUAGCUGUAGUUUCACCAGUCUCUUAUCUGUUCACAAGUACUCUUACUUGCCUCAGAUUAUCUACCUUUAUCACUCCAACUUUUUGUCUAGCUUAAACUUCCUUAUCCUUGCUGCCAACUUUCUAGCUCAGGAAAAUUCUUUGCUUUCCUGUAUUACUUUUCUUUAUAUAAAAGUAACUACUUUCCUUCAGCUUUAAUUUUCUUAAAGUGCAAUGAAGGAAGAUGGAGUCUCCACCUCCCUGUGUUGGAAGGAGUAAGUAAUCCCUUCACUCCUAAUGGGGAGAUGGAGCUGAGAGUAUAAGGCUCCCAGGCAUUAAAAUGAGAGCCUUGGUCUAUUCUUCUCGGUAGGCAAGUAAAUGCAACUUUAGACUGCUCCUAGAAUUGGGAGAUACUGAUCUUUUUAUACUGCAUUACUAGAUGACUUUCUGGUGAUGAAAACCUAUAUCUUUCAGGAUAUAAACUAUUUUGUUGCACAAAGCUGUGCUUCUCAAUUUGUAAUAUUGGAAACCAUAUUAUUGUGUGAGAUAGUACUACAUCAAUGGCUUUUUGUUAAUUUGUUUUACAUAUUUAUGUUGGUCUAGCCCUGUUUUGUGCCUGGAGCUAUUGGGCAAUUAGAUUUGUUUUGGUUUUCUGUUUUAAUAGUGAGCUGUGUGGCUUUUUAUAUGGUUUUUUUGAAUUGUAUUAAAGUGUGUGUUUUUUCUUGUAAAAGUGGAGGCCUUGCACUGUCUCAUACUGAUUGAUAUUCCUGAAUCUUGCUGAAAUUGUAUUUUCAUAUGUAUUGGUCAAUGGACAGACUUGCAUUUUAAACUGUGCCUUCUACACAGCAAACUUGAAGAUUCAAAAGGGACAUUUCAGUUGGGAUUAAUACUGUACAUCAGUCUAUGCAUAUAUGGCAGCUUCUCUCCAGAGCCACUUCUCUAUUUGUAGCAGUCCUUUUGAUAUGGAAGAAUGUGUGGCUCUUAUUUUUAAUAGUUUAACACAAGCUGAAAACAGACAAAAUACAGCACUUUGCCAAAAAAGGUAGCAUUGCUUAACCAGUGUGUAUUUACUGAAGUCAUCUUCUGUAUUUUGUUUUCAUAGUGCAUUCUGCACACUGUGGGGAAACGUGAUCUUAACUCUCAAUAAAAAAUGGCCUAUUAAA